UGGAGACACCCAAGUCUGAUGUGACACGUGCUUCCACGGAGAGGACCGCGGACUGAAGAUGAACGCCUCACGGCCGAGGAGAUGGACGAGCAGAGGCGACAGAAUGUUGCCUAUCAGUACCUGUGCCGGCUGGAGGAAGCCAAGCGCUGGAUGGAGGUGUGCUUGAAGGAGGAGCUUCCUGCCCCAGUAGAGCUGGAGGAGAGCCUCCGGAAUGGAGUGCUACUGGCCAAGCUGGGCCACUGUUUUGCACCCUCUGUGGUCCCCCUGAAGAAGAUCUAUGACAUGGAACAGCUGCGGUACCAGGCAACGGGCUUGCAUUUCCGUCACACAGACAACAUCAACUUUUGGCUUUCUGCACUAGCGCACAUCGGCCUGCCUUCGAUCUUCCUCCCAGAGACCACGGACAUCUACGACAAGAAGAAUAUGCCUCGGGUGAUCUAUUGCAUUCAUGCUCUCAGUCUCUUCCUCUUCCGGCUGGGAUUGGCCCCUCAGAUCCAUGACCUGUAUGGGAAGGUGAAAUUCACAGCUGAGGAACUCAGCAACAUCGCCUCUGAACUGGCCAAAUAUGGCCUCCAGUUACCAGCCUUCAGCAAGAUCGGGGGCAUCCUGGCCAAUGAGUUUUCAGCCGAUGAGGCUGCAGUCCACGCAGCUGUUCUUGCCAUCAACGAUGCAGUGGAGCGAGGGGUGGUGGAGGACACGCUGGCUGCCUUGAAGAAUCCUAAUGCUCUUCUGGGGAAUCUUCGGGAACCUUUGGCGGCUGUCUACCAAGAGCUGCUGGCCCUAGCCAAGAUGGAGAAGGCUGCCAAUGCCAGGAACCACGAUGAUGGUCAAGAACAGGACAUCUAUGAGUCCUGCCUCACCCAGGCAGAGAUCCAGGGCCACAUCAACCUUGCCAAUGUCCAAGGGGCUCUAGAAGUUGUUGAUGAUGCUCUGGAGAGACAAAGCCCUGGAGCCUUGCUUGAGGCUCUUCAGGACCCUGUCCUGGCCCUGCAAGGGGUGAGAAGAGAUUUGGCUGACUGGUACCUGGAACAGCUGAGUUCGGACAGAGAGCAGAAGUCACAGGAGCUGGGUCUGGUGAGGCUUCUAGAAAAGGAGGAGGUCCAGGCCGGGGUGGCUGCAGCCAAUGAGAAGGACGACCAAGAGCAAGCCAUGCUCCAGGCAGUGUGGAGAAUCAACAGAGCCAUCCAGAGGGGGGUGGCCACAGACACUGUGAAGGAGCUCAUGUGCCCAGAAGCUCAGCUGCCCCAAGUGUAUCCCUUUGCCGCUGCUGUGUACCAGCAGGAGUUGGCUGUGCUCCAGAAGCAGCAGCAGGGGGAGCUGGGCCAGGAGGAGCUCUUCGUGGCUGUGGAGAUGCUCUCAGCUGUGGUUCUGAUUAACCGUGCUCUGGAGACUAGAGAUGCCUGUGCCUUCUGGGCCAGUCUAGUGAACCCUGCUACUGGCUUGGCCCAGGUCGAAGAAGAAAAUGCUCAACGUUACUUCGAUGCCCUGGUGAAGGUACAGCAGCUUCGAGGACUGGGCAGAGGCUUCCUGAGCUGGAACGACCUGCAGGCCGCCGUGUGCCAGGUCAACGCACAGGUCCAGGAGGAAACGGAUCAGGUCCUCGCCAUCAGCCUCAUCAACGAGGCUCUGGACCAGGGCUGUCCUGAAAAAACUCUGUCUGCCCUGCUGCUUCCAGCAGCUGGCCUGGAAGACGUCAGCCUCCAUGUCGCACCUCGGUAUCAUCUCCUCCUCACGGCAGCCAAGAGGAAGAAAGCCAAGGUGACAGGAGAUCCUGAGGCUGUACUGUGGCUGGAGGAGAUCCGCCAGGGAGUGGCCAGAGCCAAUGAUGACACAAGCACAGCCCAGAGAAUAGCCCUGGGCGUGGCUGCCAUCAAUCAGGCCAUCAAGGAGGGCAAGGCAGCCCAGACAGAGCGGGUGUUGAGGAACCCCAACGUGGCUCUCCGAGGGAUAGUUCCCGACUGUGCCAACAGCUACCAGCGGGCUCUGGAAGAAGCGGUGGCGAAGAAGCGCCGUCCUGGGGACACAGCCUUCUGGGUCCAACACGACAUGAAGGACGGCACGGCCUACUACUUCCAUCUGCAGACCUUCCAGGGCACUUGGGCGCAUCCUCCCAGCUGCCACCUCAGUACCUCCCAUCUAACCUGGGAGGAGAUCCAGGCGGUCAUCACCAAGGUCACUGCCGCCCGUGACCGCCAGCUGCUCUGGAAGGCCAAUGUUGGCUUCAUCAUCCAGCUUCAGGCCCGCCUCCGGGGCUUCCUUGUCCGCCAGAAGUUUGCUGAGCGUUCCCACUGCCUCAGGACCUUGCUCCCAGCCAUCAUCAAGAUUCAGGCUCACUGGCGGGGUCACAGACAACGGAAGACUUACCAGGAGUGGCUGCAGUUCUUUAAAGCAAACCUGGCUGCGAUAAUCAAGAUCCAGGCCUGGGCCCGAAUGUGGGCAGCCCGGAGGCAAUACCUCAGGCGCCUUCGAUACUUCCAGAAGAAUGUUGACUCUGUUGUGAAGAUCCAAGCAUUUUUCCGAGCCAGGAAAGCCCGUGACGACUACAGGAUGUUAGUGCACGCACGCCACCCUCCCCUCUGUGUGGUCCGCAAGUUCGCCCACCUCUUGAACCAGAGUCAGGAGGACUACUCAGCUGAAGCAGAGCUGCUGAAGCUCCAGGAAGAUGUGGUCAGGAAGAUCCGGACUAAUCAGCGCCUGGAGCAGGACCUCAACCUCAUGGACAUCAAGAUUGGCCUGCUGGUCAAGAACCGGAUCACCCUGCAGGAGGUAGUAUCCCACUGCAAGAAGCUGACGAAGAAGAAUAAGGAGCAACUGUCAGACCUGAUGAUCCUGGACAAACAGAAGGGAUUAAAGUCCCUGAGCAGAGAGAAACGGCAGAAGCUGGAAGCCUACCAGCACCUUUUCUACUUACUGCAGACUCAGCCCAUCUAUCUGGCCAAGCUGAUUUUUCAGAUGCCUCAGAACAGAACCACCAAGUUCAUGGAGGCUGUGAUUUUCAGUCUGUACAACUAUGCCUCCAACCGCCGGGAGGCAUACCUUCUACUCCAGCUCUUCAAGACGGCACUCCAGGAGGAAAUCAAGUCAAAGGUGGAACGGCCCCAGGAUGUGGUGACAGGCAACCCGACAGUGGUGAGGCUGGUGGUGAGGUUCUAUCGCAAUGAGCGGGGACAGAGCGCUCUGCAGGAGAUCCUGGGUAAGGUUGUCCAGGAUGUGCUGGAAGACAGGGCAGUCAGCGUCCACACAGAUCCUGUCCACAUCUAUAAGAGCUGGAUCAACCAGGAGGAGGCCCAGACCGGGCAGCGCAGCUGUCUCCCCUACGACGUCACUGUUGAGCAGGCUUUGAGCCACGCUGAAGUCCAGAGACGGCUGGACAUCUCCCUACGCAAUCUCCUCGCCAUGACUGACAAGUUCUUUGUCGCCAUCAAUUCAUCCGUGGAUCACAUCCCGUAUGGGAUGCGGUAUAUGGCCAAAGUCCUGAAGACAACCCUGGAGAAGAAGUUCCCCAGUGCCACGGAGAGUGAAGUCUAUAAGGUGGUUGGGAACCUCCUGUACUACCGCUUCCUGAACCCAGCUGUGGUAGCCCCUGACGCCUUCGACAUUGUGGCCAUGGCAGCAGGCAGCCCGAUGGCCGCCCCACAGCGCCAUGCCCUCGGGGCUGUGGCUCAACUCCUUCAGCAUGCUGCCGCCGGCAAGGUCCUCUCCGGGGAGAGCCAACACCUUCGAGUCCUGAAUGCCUACCUGGAGGACAUGCACCUCAAAUUCAGGAAGUUCAUCUACAGAGCCUGCCGGGUACCAGAGCCAGAGGAGCGCUUCGCCAUAGAUGAGUACUCCGAUAUGGUAGCUGUGGCCAAACCUGUGGUGUACAUCACUGUAGGGGAGCUGAUCAGCACGCACAAGCUCUUGCUGGAACACCAAGACCAACUGGCCCCGGAUCACCAAGACCCUCUGCACCAGCUCCUAGAGGACCUUGGGGAGCCACCCACCAUCUCUGACCUCAUCGGUGAGAACAUAGGCACAGAUGGGCAAUUGGAUCUGAGCAGGCUCGAAGUGUCCCUGACCCUCACCAACAAGUUCGAAGGGCUGGAGGCAGAUACUGACCACACCAGCAACCAAAGCCUGCUUCUGAGCACCAAACAGAUGCUGGCUGACCUCAUCCAGUUCCACCCUGGGGAUUCCCUUGAGGAGAUCCUGUCCUUCUCUGCUCCCAGAGAGCAGGAAGAGGCCCAUCAUCGGCUGAUGUGUUGGCGUCAGGCGUGUGACACCCAGAAACCAGAGUCACUUGGACGACACCACUCGAUGAUGUCACACUCCCUCCUGCCACUGGCAGAGAAGCAGCGACGUGUCCUGCGGAACUUGCGUCGGCUACAGGGCCUUGGGCUGGUCAGGGCCAGUGACUGCUAUCAGGGACUGGUGGAUGAGCUGGCCAAGGACAUCUGCAACCAGCGCAGGCACCGGCAGCGGCGGAAGGCAGAGAUACUGAGACUCCGGGCCACACUGCAGGGCCUGGAUGCAAAAACCACCUUCUAUGAGGAACAGGGCGACUACUACAACCAGUACAUCCAGGCCUGCCUCGACCACCUGGCCCCCAAAGCCAAGAGUUCUGGGAAGGGGAAGAAGCAGCCGUGUCUUCAUUACACAGCCGCCCAGCUCCUGGAAAAGGGCGUCUUGGUGGAAAUUGAAGAUCUCCCUGUCUCUCACUUCAGGAACGUCAUCUUUGACAUCACCCCUGGGGAUGAGGCAGGGAGGUUUGCCGUAAAUGCCAAGUUCCUGGGUGUGAACAUGGAGCAGUUUCAACUCCACUACCAGGACCUCCUGCAGCUGCAGUAUGAGGGUGUGGCUGUCAUGAAGCUCUUUAACAAAGCCAAAGUCAAUGUCAACCUCCUCAUCUUCCUCCUCAACAAGAAGUUCCUUCGGAAGUGAUGGCGGCAGCGGUGGCGCUGCCUGGCCCGGCCUCUUAGCUGACAGGCUGCUGCUAGGCCCUAACAUUAACCUGCUGUGCUCCUGCAGACCAGGCUCAGGCCUGCUCGUGACUCACGGUUCUCCACCCUUCCUGCCCAAGAGGACUUGUCCUGCUUGGCUACAAACACUAGUGUUUCUACCCAGGUGAAGUGGGCCUUGCUUCCAGGUCCAGCUGUGUGGCUUUUCCCACACAUCUGGCCCCUUUUCUGUGACCCAGAAGCCUGGAAAAGCCUUUGAGUGCUCAUCCCAGUAUUUCAAGUCCCUGCAGCACUGCCGAACAACCUGUCUCCCUUCCUUUCCACAGACUUCCCAAGCCAGGGUCAGGCUGUGUGCCCUGCCUCCCGUUAAUAGCCCUGGGCAUUGCUGUCCGUACAGCCCAGGGCCUCUGUGCUGUGCUCCCCACAAGCUCUCCUCUUCACAUCUCUGACUCGAGUGCAGCAUUUGCUGGUGUCUUUCAUGGCAGCUAGAUGCACACCUCAAAUCUCAUUCCUUCAUUUAUGGUCUGUUUCUUAUAUGUAUGUGUCAGUGGGGUAUUUAUUCUAGCCUGAUUGUUGUGUAGCCUUAAUCAUGGUUUUAAUUCUGACUUUUGAACUCAGAGUUCUCCUUUCCACCUCCAGGCUAAUGUCCAUUCCAUUUUCUUCUCCCUUAUAUUCAAGUCUCUUGGGGUUUGAGCAGGGAGGCUCCUGGCUGCAGGGGAGAGCUCAUUGUCUCGGCUUUCUGCAGGACAAAGGCAGUCUUACCAUCUUGUCACCUCAGAGCUGACUUCCAGGUGGUUCCCAUAGAUCUGCAGGCCUGCCUUGGCCACUCUCUGUCCACCCCACACUUUCCAGCUUCUUGCCCUUUCUGCCCUCUAAACUUCCUCUCAAUAAAGCCAGCUGUUAACCCACAUCUGUUAACCCCUGUGUCAUCUCCUGUGGUACAGCCCUCAAGUUCCGGGGUGCAGUUUCAGAGAACUUGGGGGUGUAUCCCUCGGCAGCCUUCUACCUGCCGUGGGCACAUGCCCAUUAUGCCUGCCUGCCCAGGCUUGUACAAGUGGAGGAUGUGGCAUUUCUUUCUUCUCACCCUGGGGGACAGAGAGAAGGAAAAAUGCUUAGGUUGAUUCUGUUUCCAUUGGCUACUCUAGCAGCUCAGGCUGAGACGAGCCCAGUCCAGACUCCAUCCACCCAUUUACACAGCUCCCACUGGUGCUGUGCCUAAGCCUGGACAUAACAUCUGAGCCACAAGUCCCCUUGCCAUGGAGAAAGCGUCUCUGCUUUCAGGAAGCAAUGGGGGAGGGGGACAGCAGACACCUGCCUGACAUUCCACAGCAUCUCUUGGGCCCCCACAUUUUCCUGGCACGGCCUGCCUGCUUCUACUCCAUCCCAUUCUGUCACUCAGUAUCUGUCUUGCUGUCACAUUCAAUCUCACUCAGAGCCUCUUCCCCCUUAACAUGUCACAGUAAAAACUUCAAGUGCUGCUGGGUGACAGUGACAUAUACCAGGAUCCUAGUUUCUAUGCAUGCACAGUCAUUAAAAAUCUCACACUCACCAAGUUGCUCUGAUGUUAUCCUGCUGCAGGACCAGUGAGCUUGUGUGUGUGUGCGUGCACACACACACACACAGUCACAAGCUCAGCCACACAUACCACAUGGAGAAAUGUCACAGUAGCUAAGCUGUAAAGGUCAUCACAGGACUCCAUCAGGGCAGUCCCUUGCAUCUGUCCUUGAGACAUGUCACUCACCCCACACUCCUUCACCUGGUAACAAUCCCUAAUAAACUCAAGUUAAUCAAUGUCCUUUCCAACUUCCAAGGCCCAAUUUGAGAUACAGGGGCUGAGCCUCUGGGUGGGAAUAUCAGAAAUUUAAAUAUAAAGUGCUAGCAAGCAGAAAAAGUAUUCUAAUCCAGGCAUCUCAGCACAGGACAGUAGAGGCAGUAUAUUCAAAGUCAGCCCUGGCUACACACCACAUUCAAGCCCCAGUGGCUAAGGACGUAACUCAGAGGGGCAUUGUCUACUAUACCCAAGGUCUUGGGCUGAAUCCUCAGCACUAAUGGGGAAAGGUGGGUGACUUCAGUAGGUGGUCCUGAGAAAAACCAGAAAUUCACACUUUUCUAAAAAUGGCCCCUGUCUUAUACCAUAUGCAGAUACUGGCCUUGAACUUGUGGUCUUCCUGCCUUAGCCACCCCAGUGUUGGGGUGGGGGGAUUCACUCAAAGGUUCAUGAAAUCUAAAUGAAUAAAGAAAGAAAGAAACUCUAGAAGAAAACAGACUGGGCAUGGGCUCAGUAGGGAGCCUGCCUAGGAAACACAAAGCUCUGGGUUUGAUUCCCUGCACUGCAUAAAACCAGGUGUUCAAAUAAUGCUGACAUUAAUACUUAUGGAAGACUUUU